UUUCAUCGACAUUAUGAAUACAUCGCGGAGGGAAACAUAUAGAUAUAAAAGUCUUACGCUAUAGUACCGUCACAAAUCUUUAAGAUGGUGGCGUCCGGAAAGUAAUUAAAUAAAAGUUUUCGAAGUUAAAAUUCAAGUUUUAUAGUUCAUAAUAUAUUCAGCGAGAUGGAUUUUCGUAUUUGCUGCUUCAUUCUUGUGAUUUUCUCUGAUGUUUAUGCUGUACCAAACUGGCUUAAAAAUAGCCAGAAGUUUGUAGCAGCUCCAAAACAAAAAGUAACAAUUAUCAACGCUGGUCGUGCGGGUGGAAUUAUAACGAUUCCGAACAAUGUGGAGAAUAGAUAUAUUGUUUAUUUCGAAAGUAAUGUCAGCCGUACGGAAGUGGGGAAACAUUUUGAGAAACUGCUAAGUGAUGGGAAAACCAAUCAAGGAACACCUCCCCCAACAGACGUUAAAGGUACCAUCGGUCGAUCUGGCAUGCUAUCGGGUAUCAAGUGCAGUAGUGGAAAUGCAACCAUUAGCGAACUACUCUCGACACUAAUGGCAUACGUUGUAACAUGUCCAAGUGAUAGUACGCUGCGGACGAUUGUCGAGGAUAAAUAUGUCAAUAAAAUAGUACAGGAUAACCGCGUGUAUGCACUACAAAAACCACGAUUACCACCGGAACCAUUUGAAUCUUGUACACUAAUAAUACCUUAUGGAAGAAAAAAAUGCAAGUCAGAAACUAAAUACGGGAAAAUUGAAUAUACAUGCAAAUACAUAUAUAUAAUGAAUUAUACAUAUGCAUGUUGUUGCAACCAUACAACCAACCCUACAACUGAUAGGCCACUUUUGACACCCGAUCCAGAUAGUCCACAUUUGCCCGAUGGGCCACCUAUAGGAAAAAAGGAAUGCAGACGUAAAGGUUGUAAAUAUAAAAAAAGAAAAUGCAUCUGCAAACCUACACGAAAACCAACCACUACCACUACAAAAGAAACGAUCACACCGCAAAAAACUACCGCAACACAAAAGACUACCGCCACUGAAAAAACCACUACCACUCGAGGAAUGACUACAAGCGCCUCUUCGUGUUCAGAGAUAGAAUAUACUCUUGCAGACGAAAAUAACUGGGGUCUAGAUAGGAUAAACCAAGCCUCAAAUACUCUUGACAAGAAGUUUUCAUCAUACGGAGAUGGAAGUGGCGUGGACUUGUAUAUUUUAGAUAUGGGAAUACGAUCAGAUCAUGAGGAGUUUACUGGACGUAUAGCUAAGACUGUGUGGCAUAACUAUGUGAAUGACACCAACGACCCAGAAGAUGAUAGUUACAAUUCACAUGGUACACAUGUUGCAGGUAUUGCAGCUGGAAAACAAUCUGGUGUGGCAAAGAAAGCAACAAUAAUACCAUUUAAAGUUCUCGACGAGUGGGGGUCUGGAUACAAUAGUGAUGUGAUAGCGGCAAUAGACAAAGCCAUUGAGCUAAAGGGAACUCGGAAAAAGCCUUCAGUACUGAACCUGUCCCUUGGUGGAUCAAAAAGUGACAAAAUGGACGAAGCAGUAAAAAAAGCUGUAGAAAAUGGUAUCUUUGUGACUGUCGCUGCUGGUAAUUCAGAUAGUCUAUGGGAUACAUUGUCACCUGCGCGAGAACCAAAAGUGUUCACCGUGGCUAAUGUGAAGAAGGAUGAUAACCUGAGUGAAAAUUCCAAUUAUGGUGCCGGCAUUGAUAUUGCAGCACCUGGUGAUAAAAUAAGAAGUUCGACAAGAAACAAACAUAACAGUUAUGGCGAAUUGUCAGGAACAUCUAUGGCAGCGCCCCAUGUAGCUGGCGUAGCAGCGUGUUUUCUGAGCCGCCAUCCAACAGCAUCAAUAGCGCAGAUUGAAGAUUAUUUGAUAAAUGGGGCAUGGACGGGUAUGAUUGGAAAUAUAGCGAGUAACAAACCAAGGACUCCAAACCGAAUUCUUCGCUCAAAUAGAUGCCCAUCUUAAAUUGCAGAGGAAGCAUCGAGGCAGGCAAUAUGAUGAUGUAAAAUAUGACAAGGACUAGCAUAGUGUGCGGUACACAUAAAAAUGAAACAAUUAUGAGAUUCUUUAUUAUAUAUAUGAAUACUUUUAUGACUUUUAUGAGAAAUACAUGGCAUUCGUGGUAUAGUACUA